UUUUAUUCUGAAUUCAAAGGAUUCCAUUGCAUCAAACUAAGCAUUCCAAUGGCAGAAGAAAUGAUGAAGAUGGGUGUGGUUUUGGUAAUCAUGAGCGUGCUGUGUGCAGGUGCUGCGGCACUAUCAUCAACCUGCGAAACUGUGUUGGUGAGCCUGUCACCGUGCCUGAACUACAUCGACGGCAACUCCUCCACCCCUUCUUCAGGCUGCUGCACUCAGUUUGCCACUGUUGUCAGCUCAGAGCCACGGUGCCUCUGUGAGGUUCUUAACGGCGGAGCAUCUUCAUUGGGAGUCCCAAUCAACCAAACCAAAGCUCUCACCUUGCCUACUGCUUGCAAGGUCCACACCCCACCCAUCUCUCGCUGCAAUGCUACUUCGCCAGCCGAGUCUCCGCAUUCAAGUCCAUCAGGAACUGGUUCCAAAAAGGUGCCCCCCCCAGAUAAUGCUUCGUCCAUGCCCCCUGCAGAAAAUGCUUCGUCCGCUGCAAAUUCCGUCAACUUUUCUGUUCCUCUGCUGUUUCUGGUUCUUGCAUCAACAUUUGCCACACUGGUUCGUUGAUGCGUUGCCGUCUCUUUCAGAAUGCUCUAUAUUUUUUUAUUUGUUCUUGAUUAUUCUGGUUUUGGAUAUGUCAUGGGGUUUUAGGACCGCUACUUAUU